AUGGAACUCAACCGAGAACAUUUUCGCGCCAUAAUUUAUUACAACUUUCAGAGACAAUUAUCGCAACAAGAAUGCCUUGCUGAGUUACUGUCUGUUUUCGGCAACGAAGCGCCACAUCAGUCGACAAUUUCCCGUUGGUAUGGAGAAUUCAAACGUGGACGGGUGAGUCUUAGCGACGAUCCCAGGGUGGGUGCACCAAGAACUGCAGUCACCCAGGAAAACGUCGAUGCUGUGCGCAAACUCAUUAUUGAAGAUAGACAUGUGAUAUAUCGCGAGAUUGAGGCGUCCUUGAAGAUCUCAAAGACCUCAAUUCAAAAAAUUUUACAUGAAGAAUUAGGAGGAAGAAAAUUAGUUUCUCGUUGGAUACCCCACCUGUUGACUGAAGAGCAGAAAGCAGCCAGGGUUAAUUGGUGUCAAAAAACGCUUGACCGUUUCAAUUCCGCAAACUCAAAAAAUGUGUACAGCAUUUUUAGUGGUGAUGAAUCGUGGAUUUACUGUUAUGAACCAGAAAAUAAAAGACAGUCGGCUGUUUGGGUGUUCCAAGGUGAAGUGUUUCGAAAAAGAUGGUUGCGACAUUUGUAUCAUAUUGCAACAAUUCCUCUUAAUGAGCAAAGAACUCUUCGAAAAAUCAAUCCCGAAAGAAGAAUCAUCCUCCACCAAGACAAUGCAAGCUCGCAUACAGCCCAAAAAACAAGGCAGUAUUUAACGGAAGAAAACGUGGAAUUAUUGGACCAUCCUCCAUAUAGUCCCGAUCUAAGUCCUAACGAUUUCUUUACUUUCCCGAAAAUUAAAAACAGACUGCGUGGUCAAAGGUUAAAGUCACCAGAAGAAGCAGUUGACGCAUUCAAAAAUGCCGUUUUGGAUCUGCCAGCAAACGAGUGGAAUAAGUGCUUCGAAAAUUGGUUCGAGCGCAUACAGAUGUGUAUUAGUCUUCGUGGAGAAUACUUCGAAAAACAAUAG